CCAGGCUUGGUGCCUGGUAAGUGCUCAGCUGGAUGUUAGCUACUGCUGUUACUAUGGAAACCACGAUCUUUGUGUACUUUUUCCUCAUGGGGAAAAUGUUGAUGGGUCCCAUCAAAUCAUUACAGGGCCUGUGACCUUAUCGGGCCUGCGACCCCCCACUCUGCAGGGGUCCGUGGCACAAGAUCUGAUAGUCAGGCUGAAAGGCCAAGCCCUUGCCUGCCAGGCCUCACUGUGGACCGGUGGCCUUGAGGCCCGGAGGUCUGAAUCUUUGCUGAAACCCGGACCCAUCUGCCCCUGCAGCACACAGGCACCCAGCUCAGGCCCAGCCAGUGUCUAUCUCCUCUCCUUCCUCCUCCAGGCCUCAAGGGCCAAGGCCAGGCCAGACGCCAGCUUGUCAAGGAGACGGAUUCAAGGCAGCCUUGCUGUGGACGGACGGCUUGGUGUCCUUGGCCUGGAGUGGAGAUCAGUGGCACCGCUGCUGAUGGGACUGCCCCGGAGUGUCCGCGUCACAUGAGGUCCCCGCACGCACCAUGUCAUCAUGCAUCUCUAGUCAGCCCAGCGGUGACCGGGCCGCCCCCCAGGAUGAGCUGGGGGGCGGGGGCGGCAGCAGCGAAGGCCAGAAGCCCUGCGAGGCCCUGCGGGGCCUCUCGUCCCUGAGCAUCCGCCUGGGCAUGGAGUCCUUCAUCGUGGUCACCGAGUGCGAGCCGGGCUGCGCUGCGGACCACGGCCUGGCCCGGGACCGGCCCUCGCCCGUGGGCUCCCCGCAGUCCUCGCCGCGGCUGCCCCGGCGGCCCACGGUCGAGUCCCACCACGUCUCCAUCACGGGCAUGCAGGAUUGUGUCCAGCUGAACCAGUACACGCUGAAGGAUGAAAUUGGAAAGGGCUCCUACGGCGUGGUCAAGUUGGCCUACAAUGAAAAUGACAAUACCUACUAUGCGAUGAAGGUGCUGUCCAAAAAGAAGCUGAUCCGACAGGCGGGCUUCCCACGUCGCCCUCCACCCCGGGGCACCCGGCCGGCCCCGGGGGGCUGCGUCCAGCCCAGGGGCCCCAUUGAGCAGGUGUACCAGGAAAUCGCCAUCCUCAAGAAGCUGGACCACCCCAAUGUGGUGAAGCUGGUGGAGGUCCUGGAUGACCCCAAUGAGGACCAUCUGUAUAUGGUGUUUGAACUGGUCAACCAAGGGCCCGUGAUGGAGGUGCCCACCCUCAAGCCGCUCUCCGAGGACCAGGCCCGCUUCUACUUCCAGGACCUGAUCAAAGGCAUUGAGUACCUACACUACCAGAAGAUCAUCCACCGGGACAUCAAACCUUCCAACCUCCUGGUGGGAGAAGACGGGCACAUCAAGAUCGCGGACUUCGGCGUGAGCAACGAGUUCAAGGGCAGCGACGCGCUCCUCUCCAACACCGUGGGCACGCCCGCCUUCAUGGCACCCGAGUCGCUCUCCGAGACCCGAAAAAUCUUCUCUGGGAAGGCCUUGGAUGUUUGGGCCAUGGGUGUGACACUCUACUGCUUUGUGUUUGGCCAGUGCCCGUUCAUGGACGAGCGGAUCAUGUGUUUACACAGUAAGAUCAAGAGCCAGGCCCUGGAGUUUCCAGACCAGCCCGACAUAGCUGAGGACCUGAAGGACCUGAUCACCAGAAUGUUGGACAAGAACCCCGAGUCGAGGAUCAUGGUGCCGGAGAUCAAGCUGCACCCCUGGGUCACGAGGCACGGGGCGGAGCCGUUGCCGUCGGAGGACGAAAACUGCACGCUGGUCGAGGUGACCGAAGAGGAGGUCGAGAACUCGGUCAAACACAUUCCCAGCCUGGCGACCGUGAUCCUGGUGAAGACCAUGAUUCGAAAACGCUCCUUCGGGAACCCGUUUGAGGGCAGCCGGCGGGAGGAGCGCUCGCUGUCGGCGCCCGGAAACCUGCUCAGGAAGCACGGCAGCGACGACAGCCUCCGGGCGCCCGACCGGCCCCUCGAGGGGGAGGAGGAAGUGCUCCUGUGAGAGGCUGUCCGCGUGUGGAGAGUUGGGGGGCCCCGGGCCCCCGCCAUCGAACGCGCAUGCAUCCUCUGCGGCCGGACGGCGCGACGGAGUAGCUGCUGGGCGCCGCGACCUCGCAUGCUGGGCGUCCCCCCGGGCUGCGCCCCGCGUUUCCAUAGCAGCAUGUCCUACGGAAACUGAGCACGUGUGUAGAGCCUUGCCCGUCAUCUCUGGUGGUUGUUUUUUGUUUGUUUUUUAAUUUUUUAUUU